GGAGCGCAAGGAAGAGCGCCGGGAGCCGGGGGAAGAGCUGCGGGAAGAGACCCGGGAGCGGGUGGAAGAGCCGCGGGAGGAGACCCGGGAGCCGGGGGAGGAGCGGGGGAAGAGCGCCGGGAGCCGGUGGAAGAGCCGCGGGAAGAGCUCCGGGAGCUGAGGGAAGAGCCGUGGGAAGAGCGCCAGGAGCCUCCCCGGGAAGAGCCCGGGAGCCGCGCUAAGAGCUCCGGGGAGAGCCGCGGGAAGAGCUCCGGGAGCCUCCCCGGGAAGAGCCGCGGGAAGAGCUCCGGGAGCCGGUGGAAGAGCCCCAGGAGCCGCGGGAAGGGCCCCGGGAGCCUCCCCGGGAAGAGCCGCGGCCAUGCAGCGCCGCAAGGUGGACAACCGCAUCCGCGUGCUGAUCGAGAACGGCGUGGCGCAGCGGCGGCGCAGCCUGUUCGUGGUGGUGGGCGACCGCGGCAAGGACCAGGUCGUCAUCCUUCACCACAUGCUGUCCAAGGCCACGGUGAAGGCCAGGCCCUCUGUGCUGUGGUGCUACAAGAAGGAGCUGGGCUUCAGCAGCCACAGGAAGAAGAGGAUGAGGCAGCUCCAGAAGAAGAUCAAGAGUGGAACUCUGAACAUCAAGGAUGAUGAUCCCUUCGAGCUGUUCAUAGCAGCCACAAACAUCCGCUACUGCUACUACAACGAAACUCACAAGAUCCUCGGGAACACCUUUGGGAUGUGUGUCCUUCAGGAUUUUGAAGCCUUGACUCCAAACCUGUUGGCCAGAACUGUGGAGACAGUGGAAGGUGGUGGAAUUGUGGUGAUUCUGCUGAGAACUAUGAACUCCCUGAAGCAGCUCUACACAAUGACCAUGGACGUUCACUCCCGGUACAGGACAGAGGCCCACCAGGAUGUGGUGGGGAGGUUCAACGAGAGGUUCAUUCUGUCCCUGGCCUCGUGCAAGACCUGCCUGGUGAUUGAUGACCAGCUGAACAUCCUGCCCAUCUCCAGCCACGCUGCCAGCAUCACUCCUGUGCCCCCCCAGUCCCAGGAGGAGAGCCUGGGGCCCCAGGACUUGGAGCUGAGGGAGCUGAAGGAGAGCCUGCAGGACACACAGCCUGUGGGAGUGCUGGUGGAUGGCUGCAAAACCCUGGAUCAGGCAAAGGCAGUUCUAAAAUUCAUUGAAGCCAUUUCUGAGAAGACCCUGAGGAGCACUGUGGCAUUAACAGCAGCCAGGGGACGAGGGAAAUCUGCUGCUUUGGGGCUGGCCAUUGCUGGAGCAGUAGCUUUUGGUUACUCCAAUAUCUUUGUCACAUCUCCCAGCCCUGACAACCUUCACACUCUCUUUGAGUUCAUAUUUAAAGGCUUUGAUGCACUGCAGUAUCAGGAGCACCUGGACUAUGAGAUUGUUCAGUCCUUAAAUCCAGAGUUCAACAAGGCAGUGGUCAGAGUGAAUGUGUUCAAGGAGCACAGGCAGACUAUCCAGUACAUCCACCCUGCCGAUUCUGUGAAGCUGGGCCAGGCCGAGCUCGUGGUGAUCGACGAAGCUGCUGCCAUUCCUCUGCCCCUGGUGAAGAACCUGCUGGGCCCUUACCUGGUGUUCAUGGCUUCCACCAUCAAUGGGUACGAGGGCACCGGGCGGUCGCUGUCCCUGAAGCUCAUCCAGCAGCUCCGCCAGCAGAGCGCCCAGAGCCAGGUGACCCUGACAGCAGAGAACAAAUCCACAGCCACCGCCAAGCUCACCUCAGCUCGCACGUUGCACGAGGUGUCCCUGCACGAGUCCAUCAGGUACGCGCCUGGGGACCCCGUGGAGAAGUGGCUGAAUGACCUCCUGUGCUUGGACUGCCUCAACAUCACCAGGAUCAUCUCUGGCUGCCCUCUGCCAGACACCUGUGACCUAUACUAUGUGAAUAGAGACACACUCUUUUGUUACCACAGAGCGUCAGAAGUUUUCUUGCAGAGGCUGAUGGCCCUCUAUGUGGCUUCACACUACAAGAACUCCCCCAAUGACCUCCAGAUGCUCUCUGAUGCCCCUGCCCAUCAUCUCUUCUGCCUUUUGCCUCCUGUUCCACCCACCCAGAAUUCGUUACCAGAAGUCCUGGCUGUUGUUCAGGUGUGCAUGGAGGGAGAGAUCUCCCGCCAGUCCAUCAUGAACAGCCUCUCCAGGGGAAAGAAAGCCUCUGGUGAUCUUAUUCCCUGGACCAUUUCAGAGCAGUUCCAGGAUCCGGAUUUUGGGGGCCUCUCCGGCGGGCGCGUCGUUCGCAUCGCGGUUCACCCGGAUUACCAGGGGAUGGGCUAUGGCAGCAGAGCUCUGACUUUGCUGCAGAUGUACUAUGAAGGCAAAUUCCCAUGUUUGGAAGAAGAAACAGUUCAAAAACCUAAAGAAAUCACAACUGUGAGCAGUGAGACUGUUGGUUUAUUAGAAGAGGUUGUGACACCCCGGAAAGAUUUGCCUCCUUUGCUGCUCAAACUGAGUGAGAGACAAGCUGAGCACCUGGACUAUCUCGGGGUGUCUUACGGCCUGACACCCAGAUUGCUCAAGUUUUGGAAGCGUGCUGGGUUUGUGCCUGUUUAUCUGAGGCAGACCCCUAAUGACCUGACAGGGGAGCAUUCCUGCAUCAUGCUGAAGAUGCUCAAUGAAGAGGACUCUGAGCAGGAACCUUGGCUCACUGCCUUCUGGAAAGAUUUUAGGAGACGCUUCCUUUCCCUGCUUUCCUACCAGUUCAGCACCUUCUCUCCCUCCUUGGCACUGAAUAUUCUACAGAACAAAAAUAUCAAACAGCAGCCCCAAGCACCCAUCAGCCGUGCUGAGCUGGAGUCAGCGUUCAUCCCGUACGACCUGAAGAGGCUGGAGAUGUACUCCCGCAACAUGGUGGACUACCACCUCAUCAUGGACAUGGUUCCCACCAUUGCCAGGAUGUUCUUCCUCAGCCAGAUGGGAGACAUCUCCCUCUCUGCUGCACAGUCGGCCCUUUUCCUAGGGAUUGGCCUGCAGCAUAAAUCUCUGGACCAGCUGGAAAAGGAGUUGGAAUUGCCCAGCAGUCAAUUGAUGGGGCUCUUCAACAGGAUCAUCCGCAAAGUAGUGCAGCUGUUCAAUGCAGUCCAGGAAAAAGCUGUGGAGGAGCAGAUGGCAGCAACAAAGGAUGUUGUGAUGGAGCCAACGCUGAAAUCUUUAAAUGACGAUUUGGAGGAGGCUGCAAAGGAAUUCCAAGAAAAGCACAAACAGGAGGUGAUGAAGCUGAAGGAGAUGGACCUUACACAGUACAUUAUCCGGGGGGAUGAUGAGGAGUGGAACGAGGUGCUGAGCAAGGCAGGACAGAACGCUUCCGUCGUCAGCUUGAAAAGUGAGAAGAAAAGAAAACUAGAAACAGCACGUGGACCCAAGCAACAGAAGAAAUUUAAGAAGACUAAAGAUCUAAAACAGAAGAGGAAGAAAUGACUUAAAAGCCAAUCAAUGAACUUGAAUGAACAAGUGCUGGGUCUGUACUUAAGAAGCCCUGUUCUCCUCUAAAGUAAGGGAAGAAAAAUCCUUAGAGGCAUUUUUCAAGUGUUUGUAUUGUGGGAGGAGCAGUGUUCCAGUGUUGGUGUCAAGAUUUUUAUAUGAAGGGUGACUGCAGAGUGUGAGUGAGGCACUGGAAUGCACUGGGAUGUGAUGAAGGUGCUUGAGCAGCUCCAACAUUCCCAUUCCAAGAGGGCAGGUCUGUAAACUUCCUGCAUCUUAAUGGUUCUGUGGCUUAUUAAACAAGAAUUGGGACAACAAAGGACAGAAGUAUGACUCACCUUGAUCUCUGCAGCUGCUGGUUCUGGUGGUCCUUUGGAGCUUGAGGCUUUUAUGUACUUGGUAUUAGUGGCUGGCUGUCACUGCACACUCACUGUGCCUCCCUGCUGGCCUAGAGCUGCCCCUUGGCCUUGGUGCCAAGUUUUGUGUUCAGGUUGCCAGAAAUCAGCACUGUUGUACCAAAACCUGGUUAUGUGACCCCCUCUUUGACCUCAGGGGUCGGCUGAGCAGCCAAGCACUGAAUUCCCAGCAGCUUGGCAAAAACUGCCAGUCUGGAGCUGGGACUGGCUGUGACUGGGUCUCAGACUCCAGAGGCUUCAAACCUUCGGCACAGAGAGUCCCAGUCCCAAUCCUGAGAGCCCUGGAGCAUUGCCUUGAUAUCCUUUUGGCUUUUUGCUGUGGGGGUUUGGAACAGAGCCCUCCCUGCAGCUGGGGCACAGCUGUGUUGUAUUUACCUGCAGAUCUCACAGCUCCUUUUCCUGGCAAAUCCCGAGGUAAAGACAGCUUUUCUUCUCCAGGAGGCUGAUUUUAAUUGAACACAGGCUCUGCACAACACAGCCUGUGCCUGCCUGUGGUUUGGAAGCCUCUGUGGUGUGCCACCACCAUUGGUGGCAGUGACACAUCCCUGAGCAGGGACAUCUGCAGCCCUCAAAGAGGGGCUGGGAUCACCCAGCAGCACUGCCAGGGCUGUGGUGGCCACUGGCUGCCCUGAACUGGCUCCAAAGGUCUUGGAAAAGGAGCAGACAUGGAAGGGAAGCAGUGUGAGGCUCUGGAGAGCUGUGCUCAGGAAGCGCACAGGAGAAGAGGUGAGUGUGAAUUCUCCCUGGUUUUGAUGUUAUUGUUAAAAAUAUGGUGUGCACCCUGAGGUGGUCUGUCCUCUUGUUUGUUCCUUGGAGCUUGUUGGAGUGAUGGCCUGGAUUUGGGAGGAGCCAAGUAUCCUGGAGCUAUGAGGCUUUUCCUGUCAGAAAUCCAUGGUGGGGAUGUUUUCCCUGGCUCUCCCAAGUGGAAGGAACAGAUUUGGAGUUGUUGCAGCCACAGGCUGGGGAUGCAUCCUCUGAAAACCAGUUCAGGAUUGUU